GCCCCUUCCGGCACGAGCGACCGGGAGGGCACUUCCGGUGUCUGUUGCCAAGGCGCCGGCCGGCCCGCGGGCCGAGAGGGCGACAUUCGUGGCUUCGUCCUCUGCCCCCUUCCCCGGGGGCGACAUGUCGGGGCUCAGCGGCUUAGAGGAGGAGGGCUGCCGCAGCCUGCUCGGCCUGCUGGACAAUGACGAGAUCAUGGCCCUGUGCGACACCGUCACCAACCGCCUGGUGCAGCCUGUGGACCGCCAAGAUGCUAUUCAUGCAAUAUUAGUUUAUAGCCAAAAUGUAGAAGAACUUCUGAGGCGCAAAAAGGUCCAUCGAGAAGUCAUAUUUAAGUAUUUGGCAAUACAAGGGGUGGUGGUACCUCCAACUACUGAAAAACACAAUCUUAUUCAGUUUGCGAAAGAUUAUUGGGAAAAACAGUCACCGAAGGAGACAGCAGAACCAAUUACAAAGACAGAGGCCAUCCAGCUCUUUGAACAGCAGGCAAAAGAAGAUAAAGAGACUGAAAAGGUUGAUUUCCGUCGAUUAGGAGAAGAAUUCUGUCACUGGUUCUUCGAACUUCUUAAUUCUCAGAAUCCUUUUCUGGGACCACCUCAAGAUGAAUGGGGCCCACAGCACUUCUGGCAUGAUGUCAAGCUUAGGUUUUAUUAUAGUACCUCAGAACAAAACGUGAUAGACUACUAUGGUGCAGAAAUUGUGAGCCUUCGUUUACUGUCAUUAGUGAAAGAGGAAUUUCUUUUUCUCAGUCCCAACUUCGACUCUCAGGGACUAAAAUGUGCUUCUUCUCCUCAUGGAUUAGUUAUGGUUGGAGUUGCAGGGACUGUCCACAGAGGAAAUACUUGUUUGGGCAUAUUUGAACAAAUUUUUGGACUUAUCCGUAGCCCUUUUGUGGAAAACACUUGGAAAAUCAAAUUUAUCAACCUGAGAAUUAUUGGCGGGAGUUCCCUUGCUCCUGGAACAUUACUGAAACCAGCUGUUACAUUUGAACAGAGUGACUUGGAGGCCUUUUAUAAUGUAAUCACUUUGUGUAAUAACCCAGAAGUAAGACCUAAUGUAAGGCAGGCAUUGGAUAGUGGGACUGGAGACCAGGUAUUAUGUAGUGGAGAUGAGGCAUUGUUGAACAAAAAGGAACUGAACUUGCCUAACCCUGUACAGCACUGAUCACUGACCGUCAGCCUGAAGUAGCUGCAGAAACUGCCCAGCACAACACUCAUCAUCUCUCAGCGAUUGCAGAUGUGAGGAUUGAGAUAUUUUAGCUGAAACAACCUUUUGGACUACAGACUAAUGUGAAUACUUGCCUAUUUCUACCCAAGAUACAGCAAAUGUUCUUAGAACUUAUUGCAUUCCAUCAAAUAAAUCCCACUUCAGAUGUUGUAGAUAACUGUGUGCCUUAGAAACCA